AUGUACUUCCAGAUCACCUUGUCCAAUAAGGACAACUCACUGAGCUUGUCAUUCACAUAUAGGCAUGCAACUUUGUAUUUGGAGGCAAUGGAAGUCAUGCACAUGGGGGAUGCUAGCGCUGCAUGUUAUGACCACGUCAAUGCUGGUCUCGAUGCUUUGCUGUUAAGUUCGGCACCACUAGCAGAGGUGAGGGACGGUUUGGCUUUCGAGGACCAACUGGCCGUAACGGCAGAUGCAAGGAAGGGUAAGGAAAUAGCAACUGCAAGUGCUGACCAUGACGCGGGGCAUAGCCAGAGUGCUGGCCAGUCUGCUAGCAUAAACAAACUUCAAGGGCUUGGUGCACCUAACAAGCAUAGAGGCGCUGGCAGGCCGACGAACAGUCGGGACAAAGCCACAUACGAAGGUUUAAGCAAGCGCACCAGAUUCUGUAGCAUCUGUCGGUGCGAAGGUCAUAAGAAGACCACGUGCCCGGAAAGGGGUGAUACACCAAAGAAACCACGAAAACCAGCAAAAUGCAAGAAUUGUAGGAUCGAAGGACACCGGCGGAACACUUGCAAGCGGCCGCUUGGUUUGGCUGAGCAAUGA